AUGAAGUCUCUUUUCUCUCUGCUGGCAUUGCUGGGCAGCGCCCUCGCCCUGCGGAACGUGUAUCCCCCGGAGGGAGCCUUGGUUGUAGGCCAGGGCGGGCACGCCACCAUCCAAGACGCAGUGGAUGCGCUCGACAGGUCGACUAAUCAGGAGCAAUCCAUCUUCAUUUACGCCGGCACAUACUACGGGCAAGUCUCGGUCGAGCAUCUCCGAGGCCCGCUCACCAUUUACGGCUACACCGAGGACACGACCACCUACGAGGCCAACCAGGUCACCAUCGUGGCAUCCCACAGCCAAGAGGACAGGGCCAGCAACGAUCUCACCGCUACGCUGAGAGUCGAAACAUCCAACUUUAAGCUCUACAACGUCAACGUGGUCAACUCUCACGGAAAAGGCUCGCAGGCUCUGGCCCUGUCUGCAAACAAGGGUAAACAAGGGUACUACGGCUGCUCCUUCAAGGGCUUCCAGGACACGCUGCUGUCGAACGAGGGCUCCCAGCUCUUUGCGGCCUGCUACAUCGAAGGCGCCACCGACUUCGUCUUUGGCCGCAAACCCAAGGUCUGGUUCGAGCGGUGCGUGAUUGGCGUCCUGCCCACCUCGGUGGGCUACAUCACCGCCUCGGGGCGCUCGUCCGACUCGUCGAGCUACUUUGUCUUCAACCGCGCAAGCAUCGUCGCGGCGCCGUGGACCCAAGUCAGCCCCAGAUCGUACUAUCUCGGCAGGCCGUGGGGGGCCUACGCCCGCGUGGCUUUCCAGAACACGUACAUGAGCGACGUUGUCAACGCGGCGGGAUGGCACGUCUGGAACGACGGCGACGCGCGGACCGAGCACGUCGUCUUUGGCGAGUGGAGGAACUCGGGGCCGGGAAGCUAUGGACGGCGUAAGUUUGAGACCCCCCUUGGCGGGCCGUUGCGAAUUGGGGACAUUUUGGACAGCGACUAUGCUUCCAAGAAGUAUGUCGACACGUCGUAUCUCUGGGACACGUGA